GAGACUUUAUAAUGGAAAAGGUUUAUUUUUAUAAUAUUCUAGUGGUAUUAAUUAAUUAUUUUUUUGUUGUUGUAUAUGGUUUUCUAUUUUUCUUUCAGAAAAGAAACAUAUUAAGCAGCAGUUUCCUCUGCAGCAUCGGCGGCGGUGGAAUCAGUGGCAGCGUCUGCGGAAUCACUGGAAGUAUCAUCAUUUAAGAGGUUACCA